GAACCUGGAAAGAUUGAAGGAAUUGAUUGAAUUCGAAGAUGAUCCUACUAGAAGAAUGGUUAGAAUGGCAGUUAAUGCACGCCCCUCUUGGAGUGUGACAAUAUGGUACGUUUAUAUUAUGUAUCGCGAUCCAACACUGCUUAAAAUUUUCUACAGAAUUUAACCGUCCGGGCUGAAUAUUGGGCCGGGGCAAGCUAAGCUAUUAAGAUGAGAUUUUCCUUUUCAUAUUCCAUCAACCAUCGAAGGUGGGACACUAUAUCAUACACUCUCUUUCGAUUAGAUUCGGUUCCGUGUACAGCUUCCUAAUAAGAAUUAAUUCUGCAGAGGAUCCUCGGCAGGAAGGGUAAACACUGUUUCCUAUAUAUUCAAUCAUUCCUACUUUGCCCGCCGCCGUUCUACAUCGCGUGGGAUCCAGAUUAGCGUCGUAGAGGGCACAAGCGUAUUGAUAACAGCACGUGGAAGCAAUGAAUACCGCGCGUAAACGGCAGAACUAAACUCUUAUUCCUACCUACUAUAUGAGCAGACUUCAAUAGCAUUUAGCAAUAGAGAGACGAACGGAAAAGGUACCGAUGCAAACAAGAAAGGGAACUCUAAGCUCCUGAUUCCUCUGGCUGGAUAGCAAUACCUGUAGUACAGCCAACUUUACGGUUAUUUCCUUGCUGUUAUUUUCCCUUUCGACUUUCGUAAGAUAACCGCAUGAACGACAUUCCCGCUUGGGUCACUUGUCGAAGAGGAAAAUUUCGUGAUAAUGACACGGCACAAACUGCAACAUAAACACAUCCUGUGGGACCGACGCGAUAAGAAGGCAAAAACAUGAUAGAAUUUACGCUUAGAUUGUUUGAGCAAGACAAGCAAGGACGCUUUUGUACUUAAGCGAAAUCGAUACGACGGGGGGAGAGAGCGUGCAUGUAACGGAUGUAAAGUAGAGUAUUGAAACAAACGAAAAAGGGUCCUUUUUGGAGUAGCAGAUAUCAAGCAGCCCGCUAUCGUAUGUAAAGCCGGAAUGGAUAGACCGAAGCCUUGAGUAGCACGCCAAGCUGCCGCGAUAGUCGGUGCGGUUCAUGGCGAUAAUUGUCACUGUCACCGUACCGCCACUUGACUGGCGAUUCGCUCAGUUGGCUAACCUAUCCCGAAAGCUCUCUGGUUGAUAGCAGUGUUUUGAUACAAAGAAGUAUUACCUUUUCGUAAAAUACCCUUUGCUAUACGAUGCAUUUCAUGGCCAAACGAGACAAGAAGCGCCAAGGGAGGAAGGGAAGGUGUAACGCGGCAAUACACACUCGGUAGUGAAAGUGCGCAAUGGUUUUUCGCAAGAUUCUGCUUGUUUUUUGUAGUUUUAUUUUCCGAAAUUAGCAAAACAAAAAAAUAUAAUGUGGAUAUACUUUA